AAGCUACUUUACUAUAGGAAAUCUAUAUUCUUCUUUUUUUAAGCCCGUAACUGUACUCAUUACACCAUUGCUUGAUUUGUUGGUCACGGUGUGAACGUGCACUGCUGCAAUUGCCGCAAGUGCUGCAUCCGGUUUGUUGGAGCCUUAAUCGGAAAGAGCGAAAAUCUUCCGAAACUGUUUUUUGUUGAAGCCUCCAUCACGCUGAAAGUGAAUCUUCUCGUCCUUUUAUCGUGCGAAAUUAAUUGGCGUGCGUGUGAAAACCGAAACGGAGGUUGGGCGUGCGGAUGAAACGAGACGCGGAAAGAAUUGUGCAAAAUAGUAGCGACUUCGACGAGGAACGAUGGAAACCGCUUCCUCUUCAGUGAUAGUUCUGGAUUCCGACUCCGAUUCUGAGGGGGCGCCUACGAGACACGGAAAAAGAAAGUCGAGCGUUAUUAAAUCGGUCGGUGCAGUCAAACAGCCGAAUGGAAAUGGUGGCCCUCAGCAUCAGCAGCAGUCUCCGACGGCGAGCGACGGGAAAGGUGUUUGCGGAGAACCAGCCCGUAAACGGAUCAAACCUAUUACGGUGGCAACCAAUUUGUCCGCUCGCGGAUCGCCCAAUGGGAUGUGCAACAAUAACAACAACAACAGCGCCGGUCAGAGUGAAAACUUUGGACAAAUUUCCUUCUCCGAGGAUUGGGAGCAGGAAAUGAAGCAAUACCAACGGGAACUAAACGGCCAAUCGCGAAAGCGGUCAACAUCAUCGGCGCCCACUGCCGUCGUGGUGCUAGAUGACCCUCCAGAUAACUCCCACAGCCCCAUCCGCAGCGGCACCACAACAACGACGACGAACGACGAGCUGGAGCGCAUCGAUGGUCGUCCGUUGAAAGUUAAGCAACAGGCGACGACAGCGGCAAAAGUAGAAAAAAAUGCUAUAGGACCCGAAUUCCAACAGCUACUCGAUGCCUGCCGUAAGGCAGACCCUUCGAAGGAGAUGGAACUACUCAUCCAGAAGCGGCUAAUACGGUACUACGAAAUUGUGCAUCCAGACUUCAUUAAUUCGAAAAGCUUCAAAAAGGCGGUCGCCGCCACAGUGAUCGACGUGCAGACGCAUCCCAAUCUGGUGUUCCUGAAACUAUCGGGCAUAGUGGAAGAGCUGAAUGCCCGACGUAAAUCACGAGCCAUCCUUGAGGUAACUACGCCAACGGCGGCCACGACGACGACGACCUCUACAGCGACUACUAACGGUGGAAGUACAGUUGAUGGAAAGGAUGACUCUCCCAGUGGUCAGUCCAAUACGACAGGAAAAGACACUCGGAAGGAUCAACAGAUUGCGCGACUUAAUCGGACACUUUACUGUCUGAAGAAGCGAAUCCAGAUGCUCGAGGAAGCGGAAGUGGAUUUUAAUCACGAUGCUAACUCGGCCUACAUGAUGGUGCAACGGUACAAGAAGCGCGCCUUCGACGUGUACAAGAAACUGUGUGAUAUCACGGGCGAAAGUAAGGACGCCCAUCGGCUAGUGAAGAAGCCAAUCUACUUCCAGGGCACCUCGUACACCGAGUUUAACCGCACCAUACAGCUGUUCGUCAAUCGGACCGAUUCAUUCCCCGAUUUCCGGGACGUGCUCAAGUGUUUACAGCAUUGCGAUCAAAAGUAUGGCUACAACCUGCGCCGGGAGCAGAUGGACCGGGUGGCACAGGAUGCGUUCCUGCAAGUCGGCAAGCUGCUCCAGAAGCGUCGCAAGACGGAUCUCUACGAGACGGUCUCGUACUACGCGAAUGAUGCUACCGAUCCUGCCCUGGCAGACCAGAAGUUGCAGGAAAAGCUGGAUCAGAAUCGUAAAUACUACAACAAAGUAGGCGAGCUGAUCGACAGAUUUGCAAAAGCGGAAGCGAAUAAUGAGAUAGAAGUGUUUGAGGAUCUUCCUUUACCAGAAGAUUAUCCUGAAGCAGCCCUCACGAAUGCCACCGACAAAGGUGAUGUAAAGGAGAGCAAAACCGAUCAAAUGCAGCCAUCCAGUAGCAGCAGCAGCAGCGUCAGCGUCAGUGGCACUAGUAGUAGUAAUGGCAAUGGUGGCAAUAGUAGUAGUACUAGUAACAGCACAAGCGGUACCAGCAAAAAGGACACGUCAAGUAACCGAACCAUUUCGGCUGCGGUGACGGCUGAUUCCACCAAAGUGGUAAACACCGAUGUUACCGACAGUGAGGACGAAGAGGAAGAUGAUGAGGACGAGGACGACGAGGAGGAGGAUGAAGAGGAAGACGAUGAGGAACAAACCACCAAGGAGAACGUGCAACCAGACUGCUUCGAAGAUAUUGUGAUUUCCGACGACGAGGAGUUGCUGCUGCCCGAGUCAUAGCACACGUUGCCACCCGUCGCCAUUGGCAACAUCCGUUAGGUUUAGUUAAGUUAGCUUCGUGAUUUUCCAAUUCAUUCGCCACCGCUUUCGUUAACGCUCCGUAGACCCGUAGCAUGCGGUGCGCACCGCUAUGGUCUCUUCUGUCGGAUACUAUUUUGAAUGAUCUAGAUUCUUUUCCACCAAAACAACCAGCAACAACAACAAUGGACAACUAUUUGUCUGCGACUGAUAAAAAAACCACAC